AUGACGACUAAAGAGAUCAACACAGUCAGUAUGUGGAAAAUUAUUACAGUGUUCGGACUUUGGACUGUGACGUCAUUCCUGUGCCAUUUUUCCGGAAAACUUUUUUUGAAGUCUGAAACUGAGAAUGAAUCAACAUAUAAUUUUAUCAAAGCCUUUAUUCUUACUCUAUACCAAACCUUUAUGUGUUAUUCUCUCACAGAAGUUAAGUUUCACAUUGAUAAAGUGUAUAUAUGUAUUUCUGUAUGCCAUUUUUUGGCAACUUUAUCAACAAACUGCAGUAUGGCCCUUAUGUUUGCGUCAUCUACAUUCGCUAUCAAAUUAAUGGAACCCAUUACCAGUGCCUGUGUACAAAGACUCUUACUAGCAACUCCGUUACAUCCAUCGAUAUUUGUUAGUCUUCCAUUAAUAGUAGGUGGAGCAUGUAUGUUUACUGGAAACCCACUGACCGAUACAUCAUUAUCUAAAGGCACGCUAAUGGCUUUUCUGUCCAACGUUAUCCUGGCAGUCAGAAACGCAGCCAUCAAAAAAGACCAACACAAUUCGUCCAGAUUGAAUUUACGUCCUUCUUUAACUAUAGCAAUUGUGAUCAUUUGUCACCUGGUUUUUACACUAGUUCUUCAUCUUAUUGAAACUCGCAAUGGUGCUGAAAACAUUUUGACACGCGCCGUCUUUUUUACAGUAUUGUCAAGUGUUUUUCAUGUGGUGUAUUCUUACAUUUCAACAAAUAUCGUAUUGAGGUACAUGUCGGUGUUAAGUCAUUCCGUGUGCAACAUUAUGAAAAGAGUAUUAGUGGUUAUAUUAUUGUAUAUAGUCGGUAGUAGAUAUGCCUCGUUUUCUAAUUUUCUGGGCUUGAUGGUUAGCACUGUUGGAUUGUUUAUUUAUGUUGGUUUCAAAGUAUCCAUAAAGAAUUCCAGUAAUAGAGAUGUCACACCUAAAGAACAAGGAAAACCAGACAGAACGAUCAUCAAGAUAGCUGCCUUCCUCAUUUUAUUUGUUUGUCUGAGUAUAAUUGGAAUGUAUAGCAACACCAGUAUAAAAUUGGGAUAUAGAGAUAAUAAUUUUGCAAAGUUGGCCUUGGAAGACUAUGAAUCUCGUUCAUUUGGCGGGAAAUCAUUAGAAAUAAUGGACACCUCAGAUCUGGAACCAGAAGUCGAUGUCGGCCAUUUUGAAAAUGGACCACGUCUAAAGAGAUUUCUCAGAAAAAAGCUGAUACAGACACCUUACGAUACUGAUAUUCUGUCCCCGCAUCUUAAAACAAGCACAGAAGUUAUCAGAGAGGCUCAAAGAGUACAUUUUAACCUCUUCAAAGAUUUGCUACGUGGUUUCCGGUACGCCAUGUUGUUUGAUGUUGCUGCAUUCGAAAAUAAAGGAGAUCCAGCCAUUUCUUCUGGUGAAAUUUAUCUGUUACGAAGACUGGGUAUUGAUCUCAUUUACUACUGCAGUUUUAGCUAUUGCAAAGAUGAAAAUCUUCAAUAUGCUAAGAACAUGAGUUCAAUCUAUUCCAAUAAAGAACUCGUUAUUCUUGUUCACGGCGGUGGAAACAUCGUUGGAUAUGCACUGAACGAUGUCCUCAGGUUUAAAAUUUUGAAUAUAUUUAAAGGAUUGAAAAUUGUGGUUUUGUCACAAAGUAUAUACAUGAAAAAUUACAACGGACAUUUUGAGCGUUGCAAACAGUUUUAUUGUUGCAACAAGAAUUUAACAUUAGUUUUAAGAGACCGACAAUCACUUUCCAUGGCUCAAACGUAUUUCAACAAUGGAACAAAUCUAAUUAUGGCACCGGAUAUGGCAUUUCAGAUUGGAAGAGUCAAACGAUAUAUGAGUCCCAUGUAUGAUAUAUUAUGGCUUAAACGAAAGGACAGUGAAACACCAAACUAUAAAAUACCCGUGAUACCUGAAGGGGUAUCUGCUAAAGUUAAAGACUGGUGGGGUUUCCCAACGCCUAAGGGGGAUAACUCUUUGGAAAAUGCCUUUCUAAUAGCAACUAAUGGUAUGAUGUUCUUACAGAGAGGUAGAGUUGUGAUAACAGAUAGACUUCAUGGUCAUAUUUUAUGCACUCUAUUGGACAUACCUCACGUAUUAAUAGAUAAUAAAUACAAGAAGUUGUCCAGCUAUCACAGAACUUGGACUCGAGGGGUAGAGAACACUUUAAUUACCACAAACGCCACCGAGGCAGUGUCUUUAGCCUUACAGCUUUUGAAAAAAUAUAAUGACGUCAUUCCACCUAUUGCGCCAUUUAUGAAUGUAGUGGAGCAUCCAUUUGAAAAUUCUCGUGGUAAAAGGAUAACUCCUGUGGUACCAUUAGUUUUUAACAAAUCACAGGGAAAAAAGUAG